AUGGCUCGAAAGAAAGCCGCUGCUAGGCCCAUGAAAACGUGUUGCAGCACCACCAACGUUGCAGCGUUGAUCGUGGAAGCCGUAUCGGGCUCCAAGGAGAAGAGCGGCGUGUCCAUGGCUGCCCUGCAGAAGGCUCUUACUGCUGGAGGUUAUGACGUGGCACACAACGUCUCCCGCGUGAAACAAGCGGUGAAGAGCCUUGUGAGUAACGGAACCCUGCUUCAGUCAAAGGGACCAGGCGCAGUCUGUUUUAUCCUAAAUGCUGGAUCUUCACAAUCCCCCUCGAAGACGCGUGCAGCAGGCAGCCCGAGUCCGAAGAAAACCAAGAAAACUACGCCCAGGAAGGCGAAGAGGAGUCCCAGGAAGGCGACCAGGAGUCCCAGAAAAGGAAAGUCCGCCAGACCCAAAAAAGCCAAGACAGCCCGCAGGAAGAAAUGAUUUCUCGGUUGAAUUUCUUGCCACGAACAACAAAGGCUCUUUUAAGAGCCGCCCAAC